GUGGUUGUUGUUACUAAGGAAGUUAAACGUUACUUUUUGACGAAAAUGUGUCCGUUUGUAACUUUCACGAGGUUGGAGCAAUAAAAUGUUCGACUUACUUAAGACGGUUCGAAUCUAGGUUCACGGGAUUCUCGUCUCUGGUUUUAGAAACGCUGUGGUUAUACAGUGUAGCAAUUGUUUUGCCUUGAUUCCACAGUAUCACAACUUUCUUUGUCAAAGAGCCGAAAGAAUACGGAACAGAGUUACCAGCAUGGUUGCAACGGCUGGUUUGAUGGGGCUACAAAGCCGGCUCGCAGUGCUUUUCUCGGUUGUGCUAUCUCUGUGUCUAUGCACCUCUUUUGUCCAGAUUGAACCCCUGGUUUAUGAUGAGCAGUUGCUGUGGGUGAGUGGCGGGGCAGGGGAGGUGGGCACCUACCGGAUCCCACUGCUCUCCUUUACCCCCAAGGGCAGUCUGCUGGCCUUCGCUGAGGCCCGGAAGAACUCUGCCAAUGAUGUGGGGGCCAAGUUCCUUGCCAUGCGACGCUCCACAGACAGAGGUGCCACGUGGUCUCCCACCUCCUUCAUAUUGGAUGAUGGCUACUUGGUUGACGGGCUGAACCUGGGUUCUGUGGUGGUGGAUGAGGAGACUGGAUCUGUGCUGCUGAUCUACUCGCUGUGCUUCCACCAGUACCAGUGUGACCCUGCCAGUAUUAUGUUGGUGGAGAGCAUGGAUGACGGUCUCAGCUGGAGCCCACCAAGGAACCUCUCGGUCCAGCUAGGGGUUAAGAACUUCGCCCCCGGGCCUGGCUUUGGCAUUCAGAAGCACUACCCUCCUGCCAAGGGGCGUCUGGUGGUGUGUGGACAUGGCACCCUGGAGGGUGACGGGGUCUUCUGCAUUCUGAGUGACGAUCACGGGCGAAACUGGAAGAAUGGCGCCGCACUGAAGAGCAUCCCCUACAACCAGCCCAAACAAGCCCUGGACUUCAACCCAGACGAGUGCCAGCCUGUAGAGAUGGAGGACGGUAGCAUUGUCAUCAAUGUGCGCAACCAGAACAACUACCACUGCCGCUGCCGCAUGGUGGUGCGCAGCCUGGACGGGGGAGAAACUCUACCUGUGGAGCAGCUGGUGUUUGACCCCAUCCUGAUAGACCCAACAGUAGCAGCAGGGGCGCUGCAGAAGGAGGGCGUGAUGUACUUCACCAACCCAGCUGACAGUACCCACAGGAUCAAUCUAACCCUGCGCUGGUCUCUAACCAAUGGCACAUCGUGGGAGAAGAACACUGUCCAGAUCUGGGCGGGCCCAAGCGGCUACUCCUGCAUGACGUCACUUACGAGCGGCAGCGCAGAGGACAGGAAGUUCAUCUUUGUCAUCUACGAGAAAGGCCACAAAGACUACGAUGAGACCAUCUCCUUUGCCAAGAUCCACCUCUAUGGUGGAUGGUAGUAGAAUAAGGCUGGGGUGGGGGACUAGGUAGAGUCUGCCUUUAACCACUGUUCCAAGGUCUGUGUUUUUAAAGUGUCUUGGUGUGCUGAACUAGCAUCAGUUUAGCCUUUUUGAGAUCAUAAUGAAUUAGAUUAUAUAGACAGGAACCUGAUCCUAGAUCAGCAUUUUUACUUAGAUACUUUUUGAAUACAGGCCCAGAUUUUUAUCCUCUUAAGUGGUUAUGGUUAGGUUGGAUUUUUAUCCAAGAUCUGUGGUUAGGAGCAGGUUCUACCUCCAGCCGGGGAGGGAAAGGGAAGAGGAUGUUGAUGAUUCUCUCAGGACGGAGGACUCAUGGGACUUUGCAGCACCACUUUGUUUUGAUUGGUGGAGGGAGACAUACAAACUACUCAUGUUUUUAUUGUACCAAUAAUGACAGUUGUGCCACUUUAUCCUAAGGUGGGCUUUUUAAAUAUAUCAGGGUUGGUUUCAUUAGGGCACACUGCAGCAAAAUGCAGCAAAAACAUUCUGCAACAGGAAAUGGAAAGUUCAGCUUGUCCCUCCCUGUUUUAGUCUGUUUUCCUCCAUUUGGUGCCAAAUAUACAUGUUAACAGUAUGGCCCAAGCACAGGUGUCCUGUCGUUUACUGAAGAUAUGAUAGUCUGUAAUGAUUGGUGGGAUGUUGGUGUAGCUAUGCUUCCUUUCUGUUUAGGCUCCUCUAGCUGAGGGGGGGGGAGUCUGUGUGUCCCUCCCCAUCCACACACACACAUCACAAAAUAAGAGAUGGGUGAAGGAAAAUAUUUAGAGGGUUAUGUGUCACCAAGCCACACAAAUAUUGGGAAAGACUUGCAUCUGCUCUUUCCAAAUGGCAAAAAAAGGUAAAAAUACAGCUUUAAAGACAUUUUAAUGCCUAGUAAAUGCAGCUCCCAGCCCUCUGCCUCCCAGUCCAUAACAGAAUGGUUGCACUUUCACAAUGUCAAGAAAUUUUUACGUUUUCCUUUUUUUGAAGGAUGGUUUUUGCCAACUUUUGAUGUGAGAGAUGUUUGUAUGAUGAGACCGUUUUAUGUGAGUGAAUUGACUCGUAAAAUGAUUGACUUGUGUCCUACAAUAUCUCCGAUCAAUAGGGCAUGUAUAGUUUGAAUACCAUCAACUUGAUGUUGUUUUUACGAGGCAUGGUGCCAGGGAUCUAAUUUCAUUCACCCAUCUUGUGCUAUAAGUUGAAAUUAUAAUAAACUGUGAUUGUGUCACAAAUACUUCAA